GCCAACCGGUGUUGCCAAGUCUGUGGUGGUUUAUCUUAUCCGCGGGUCAAAGCGACCCCAAUACAAAUAAUGUGAUAUUUAGCCCCUAAAAUGUGAAUUUUACCAAGCAACCCUGCUAAAAAAACGUAUAUUUUAACCCCGGGAAGCAAUUUUUUAAUCGGGGAAUCUUCUGGAAGCGCGAUUGGGCUAGUUUUGGACUAGUUUUGAGAAGCAACUUGGCAGGAUUUUUUGUGAAAACCUGGCAACCCUGAUCUGAACCACGUGCUGGGGAUAUACUUCUAAUUACAGGAGUGUCUUUACUGAUGAGAUGUGCAUGAAAAUCGCAUUCGAUUUUUUGCACAGCCCUAGUAGCCUCUCAAAGUAUCUGUAUUGCAGUUUUUUACUUUUAUUUCAGACCUGAUGGAGGAGAAUGAGGAGAGUGACGAGCAGAAGCAUCAUCAUGGUACAACGAGAGAAAAAACUUGCUCACAGACCAAAAGAGUUUAUUUACGGAAAAGAAGAAAUAAGAAAGGUUUCACCUGCACUCAGUGUGGAAAGAGUUUGACAUACAAACACAACCUCAAUGUUCACAUGAAGAUCCACACUGGAGAGAAACCGUUCACAUGUGAUCAGUGUGGGAAGAGUUUCACACACAAAGUAACCCUUCAGCAACACAUGAUCCUCCACACUGGAGAGAAACUGUAUGAAUGUGAUCAGUGUGGAAAAACAUUUUCAUGGGCUUCAGGCCUCAAGCAGCACAUGAAAGUUCAUACAAAGGAGAAACCACAUUCAUGUUCUUUCUGUGGAAAAAGUUUUUCACAACUGAAUAAUUUAAGAGUUCAUCAGAAGAGACACACUGGUGUGAAAGAUUACAUGUGCUUUGAGUGUGAGAAGACGUUUACUACGGUUGCACAACUGAAGCUCCACAAGAGGAUCCACACUGGAGAGAAACCUUACAUGUGUUCAUACUGUGAGAAGAGAUUCAAUCAGUCAGUACAUCUGAGAAGACAUGAGAGGAUCCACACCGGAGAGAAACCGUAUCACUGCACUGCAUGCGGGAAGAGUUUCCGUCAUUCAUCAACUUUUUGUUUGCAUACGGAAAACAAACACAGUAAGUAGAUCAUAGAUCCAGCACCUUUAAAUCUUAGUUUUCAACUUCGCCAAAUGUGGCACUCUAAUGCAUUGAGUAAUAAUAUCUGUCCUAACCAGCAACAGGACAAGGAAACAACAUCUAAAGUUUUCACCGUAGAUAAAGUUCAAGAUCAGCAGUUUCAUCUGUGAGAUCCAGAUCAACUCAAAGAUGGACCAGAUCUGAUAGUUUCACUGUUGUAAAACAUUACACUUUAUUACAGGUUGAAUCUUAUGUUCAGUUCUCUUAUAAUGCUUAUUUAUCAUUUUUUUUAAGUUUAGGCUUUUAUGAAAGAAGAUUUUUAAGUCCAAACUGUUGUUCAGAAUAUAUUAUUUUUAACUUGUUUUUAUUCUUCCACUUAUGUAGUUAGAAAAUACAGAUGUAAAGUAUGUUGCUGUAACUUUGCUGUUGGCCGUUUCUUCAGUUUUAUUGUCAGGAGAUAAUUUGGUUUUCUUGUAAGUCCAUACAAAUCUGUAUGGUUUGUUUCCACUUUUACUUAUGUUUUGUUGUCUGCUGAUUUGAAUUCUGUAAUUUUGGUUACAUUCAAAAGCCAUAUUAAUUGAAUUUUGUGUUUUUUUUAUCUAAACUUUUUUUCACAACAUCCAGCAGAUAAACUGUAAAAAGCUGAACUAAUGUAGCUGGCUGGUUAUGGAAGCAAUCGUCUAGUGAUUAUUAUCACCAAAAGAGGGCACUGCCAGCUUCACUGAUUAUAUUACAUGAUUACAUUUUUGUAUUGUGGAUUGGUAAAGUCAUCAUUUUGUUUUAUUAUGUUCUGUCUGCUAGUUGCAGUAUUUACUGUUUCAUAGCCUAACUUUUGAUGAACUGUAUUAAAACUAGGGUCAGUUUCACCCACAAACAUAAUUAUUAUGAAUGCUAAUAUUAGUAUAUGGAAGU